AUGCACGUGUACCACGCGCGGGCGGUAAGCACGAGGGAUGCCCAGCGCGCUCCCUGGAAUUUGCUGCGCCAUCUUCGUGGUGCGGCCCACGUCGGGGAAGACAAGCUUUGUUCGAUUACGGCUUCGAAUGGUGCAAUGCCGCUGGAUGCUUCAAUUGCAACCUCGCUUUCUAGAAGUGCGAAUCGAACGCACUUGAUCAACUGCCAGGGGCUUGGCUACUUCUGUAACGCAGUCCGGGACAUCGAUUCGGGCUUUGAAUUCUACAACGUGCCGUUCCGAUGGCCAGCUACGGUGCUCUUUCGUUACGGCACACAGAAGGAUCGCUGGUUACCACUUGUAGUGAAAACAAGCCUGCAGGAGGGGCGGCCACUACGCCGUUCCGGUGAUUCGGAGUUUCGAUACCGACUCGGACAGAUCCACGAGCAAAUAGCUCUUCCGCUAAUCCUUGUGGCGCCGACCGUGCAAACAUUUUUUACGAAAAACCUUGUCGCAACGGAAGAUCCUAAGAGAAACUUGCGGCUCCGCGAAUCAGAAGGGAUCACCAGUCUGACGUUGGUGGAUCAGCUUCGAUCUCACUGGAAAUCCUCGCCGGCGCAAUCACUGCACGAAUGCUUCAGGGGCGUGAUGUUGGAUGAGCGGUUGUGUGCGACUGGGAACCGCGAGCUUGCGAUCGCGGAUGCGCUUGUCCUCCUUGACACUGUUCUGUAUCGACCUGCCGGUCUAAAGCUGUCGUUUCCCCUCCCAACCGGUGGCACUGCGCACAAUGCACUGCUGAACGACUUCAAUGUGAUGCACAAAAUAGCCUCCUCGACGCCCCGGUUUUCGGGAAAGAAGGUAAAACUAAGCUCAUACAACGAGCACAAACGUCAUGAGGAAUCCACGCAAGAACGGCCGUUGACGGAGCAAGAGGUGCAAGCCUUGCAUUUUCUUUGUGUUGUAGAUCUCUGUCCGGAUUCCCACGAUUUGCUGGGUCUUUUUAUGCUGCCGAAGGCAGAGCUAAGUGACUGCUUUCUGUCAAGUACUGACUCAGAGAAGAAGGGUAGACAGACCUACAUUGUCUACCCACCAUAUGCCGUGCCAAAAGUACCUCGUGGGCAACGGUCGAAAUGGAAAGCAGACCGACACGCGUUUUUUUACGUUGAUGCGCGCAAGCCAGAUGGGCCGCAAAAACUGUUGCAAAUUCUCAAUGGCUGCAAAUUAUCAAGCUGAAGCGCAAGCUAGUCCAGUUACUCGACUUUUAUAAAAACAUGCGCUACUUGCGCACGGACACGGAGGCGCUAAGCCUGCGCCAGACUCUGC